AUGCAAACUCUUAAAGAUAUAAAAAAAGAAUUGAAGUCUCAUAAGCAAAUAAAACAAAGGAGUAACUCACAGAUUAUUCAAAUUGUUGAUAACAUAAAAUCUCAAAUUCAUGAGCAAGAGGCUAUAAUUGUAACUUCGCAAAAUAAACAUCAUAGUGCAUUACAAGAUUGCCAAAGAAUUGAAGAUGAAAUGAGAGAGCUUAAUGAUAACCAUGAUUCAAAAAUAGAAGAUAUUAUGAGGAUGGUAUCCAAAGGGAAAACUGAAUUACCAGAAUUGAAUGCAUAUGUUAAAGAUAUGCAACAAAAAGUGCAAACUUUAAAAAUAGAAAUUAAGAAUGAAGCUGAUUCAAUGAGAACAGAAAUGACAACAAAUAAGGAAAUGUAUGAUAAUGCUUUAAUUGAGUUAGAGAAGGAAAGAGAAAAGUUAUCUGCUUUAGAUGAAGAACUUGGAGAACUUCAAAAUGCAUUUAAGGCCAAAACUAAUCAAUUAAACAACAUACAAUUGGAAAUUACAAACCUUAAUCAUGAAGUUGACAAAGUACUUCAAGAAAAGGGAAUGUCUCAACAAAUUGUUCAGCAAAUGGAAAGAGAAAAUGAUUGGAUUAUGCAUCAAAAGCAUCAUUUUGGUGAAGUAAAUUCUCUGUAUGAUUUUGAGAAUAAUAGUCCAAAUGAGUGUAAAAAAAUUACAAGAAAAACACAAUAUGAUUUUGGGACAAUUUUCAGUGAAUUGUUGCCAAACAAUUUUGCAAAACUUCAACCACUAGCAAAUAAAGAAUUAAAAGAUGGUUUAGAAGUUAAAGUACAACUUGGCUCAGUAUGGAAAGAGGGUUUAAAUGAAUUAAGUGGUGGACAAAGAUCACUUAUUGCAUUAUCAUUGAUUUUGGCUUUAUUACAAUUUAAACCAGCACCAAUGUACAUUCUUGAUGAAGUGGAUGCAGCUCUUGAUUUAUCACAUACACAAAACAUUGGACAGCUGUUACGAACUAGAUUUAAAGGAUCACAAUUUAUUGUGAUAUCAUUAAAAGAAGAAUUAUUUAAUAAUGCUAAUGUUUUGUUUAUUGCAAGAUUUAGAGAUGCUACAUCAAUUGUCGAAGUAAGUGGUUUAUAA